GCAAAGUUUAAAUCAACGACCUGCCCAACCAAUAAAUAUGCCUGGUAUGCAAAACAAGAUGCCAGGUAUGGGUAUGAUGCCGUCGCAAACUGGUGGUCCAAUGAAUCACAUGGGCCCCAUUCAGAGUAUGCAAAACAAUCCUAUGCUGACUCAAAUGAAUCAGAUGGGACAAGGAAAUAUUCCUCCACAAAUGAAUCAAAUGGUGCCUGGACAAAUGGGUCAAUUAGGCGGACAGAUGCAACAAAAUAUGCAGUCCCAGAUGCAGACUCAACUACCAGGUCAAAUGACUAAUCAAAUUACAGGACCAAUAGGCAAUAUACAGACUAGUAUAUCGCAGCAAAUGAAUCAAAUUGGUCCUGGACAAUUAGGCCCUGGUCAGAUGCAACAGCAGUUAAAUCAUAUUCAAAGAAAACCAAGUGAAAUGAUGAAUACUGGAUUUCCUGGUCCACGUAAUGUUACACCUAAUCAAUUCUUGAGACAGAGUCCAUCUCCUUCAGCUCCAAGCCCAGCUGGAUUGGGAGCACCGUCGAGUAAUCAAAUGGUAGCCUCGCCUGCUUUAGUGCCAUCACCAAGUCCUCAGCAUGCCAUCAUGACAGGACCAACUCGAUCCGUGAAUUCCGUAGGUAUGGCACCAUCUCCAAGCAGUUCGUUAAAUACUCCCGGAGGUGUAGGUGCUACACCAAGUCCUCAGCAAGAAGAUCAAGCUUACAGAGACAAAGUUAGACAGUUGAGCAAAUACAUAGAACCAUUACGAAGAAUGAUUGCCAAGAUGAGCAGCGAAGGAAAUGUUGAUAAACUCAGUAAAAUGAAGAAGCUCUUGGAAAUUUUAUCAAAUCCCAGUAAACGUAUGCCGUUAGAUACGUUACUAAAAUGUGAAGUUGUCUUGGAAAAAUUAGAUUUUAAAAGAGGAGACGGUAGUGUGGGACCGCCAGUAACAACAUUGAAGGAGCAUCAAAUUUUCAGUCCACUAUUAGAAGCCGUAAGCGCACAUCUCCAAAGUCCGGUAAUCAAUCACACAUUGCAACGCACUUUUGGACCAUGUUUGGAUGCAUUAUUUGGACCAGAGAUAAAAAAUUUGCCACUACCUUUAAAGAAGCAAAAAAUAGAGGAAUCAUCUAGCGAAAUACCAGAUGUAUUACAAGGAGAAAUAGCUAGAUUGGACCAACGUUUUAAAGUAUGUAAUAUCAGCUUCUAA